AAAAAAAACCCAACACUUCCGGGUCAACAGUAAUCCGAACACAGAUCGAAGGUUGUUAUUUACUUUGUCAAGAACGUCUGUGAUUAAAGAAGACGCGAGAGUCUAAUCCCCCACACACUGAAGAGACAACAUGGCGACCACCAUCAGCACUCAGCGAGGACAGGUGUAUAUUGGGGAGCUUUCCCAGGACUUCCUGCGGAUCACUCCCACACAGCAGCAGCAGCAGGUCCAGCUGGACGCCCAGGCAGCCAGGCAGCUGCAGUAUGGAGGCUCAAUAGGCACCGUAGGGCGACUCAGCAUUACUGUGGUCCAGGCCAAGUUGGCUAAAAACUAUGGUAUGACCCGGAUGGAUCCGUACUGUAGGAUCCGACUAGGCUAUGCAGUCUACGAGACACCAACCGCUCACAAUGGAGCGAAGAACCCGCGGUGGAACAAGGUGAUCCAGUGCACGGUGCCUCCUGGGGUGGACUCCUUCUAUCUGGAGAUCUUUGAUGAGAGAGCCUUCUCCAUGGACGACAGGAUAGCAUGGACUCAUGUCACCAUCCCUGAAGGCCUGAGGGAGGGUAGUGUGGUGGAUGAGUGGUUCAGCCUCAGUGGCAGGCAGGGUGACGACAAGGAGGGCAUGAUCAACUUGGUGAUGUCUUUUGCUUCCUUACCAGCAGGAAUGAUGACUCAACCUGUUGUCCUAAUGCCCUCUGUGUAUCAGCAAGGAGUAGGAUAUGUGCCCAUUGCAGGAGUGCCUGCAGUCUACAACCAGGGUAUGGUGCCCAUGGCAAUGCCAGCAGCCAUGCCAGCUGUUGGGGGCCAGGGGCCAGUGUGCAGCGAGGAGGACCUGAAGGCUCUGCAGGACAUGUUCCCCAACCUAGAUAAGGAGGUGGUUCGCACUGUACUGGACGCACAACAGGGCAACAAGGACGCAGCCAUCAACUCUCUGCUGCAGAUGGCUGAGGAGCUCUAACUGCAGAACACAAUCUCACAGUGGACAUGCCAACACACAAACACACAUGCAUGCACACAGACAUAUAAAAACCGUCUUUACUCAUGGAGAGAUUGCCCACCCUUUGCAUGCACACACACACACACACACACACACACACACACACACACACACACACACACACACACACACACACACACACACAGAGUCCUCCCACAGUAUGAUAGCUCACCCCCAUACUGCAGCCAUAUCUGAGCUCCCACCAGCUGGUAGCCACAAAGAUCUGUUUCCUCUCCUUUUGUUGGCCUAACAGUAUAUGAAGCCUGGGCUGUCUCUGCUAUCACACAGCUGUCACAACUGAUACUGGAUUCUCAAAGCAUUGCAACACCUGUGUUCACCUUUGGUUUUAAGGAGUCACUAGUUUAAGAUGAUAUCAAUGGCAGGAUCAUGACAGGAUCAUUAAAGUUUGUAUCACAGUAGAGACUCAAACAAAAUAUUGAAUUGGCAGUAGUGUGACUUGUGACACAGUCACUUUCACUGUAUCCAUGGUAACCCAGUCUGUAUUCCCCCCACUGAUCCCAGGGUUUGAUUGCACUGUUUGAGCUACAGUGAGUCAUGUUCAGUCCUUCUUCGGUUUAUGUUGAUGUUGUUAAUAGUGCAUGGCGAAGCUGUCUGUAGUAACCUGCAGUGAACUACUUCUGUUUUAUAUGAAGCUGUAAAAUGUUUUGUGCACUCAAAAUCUGAUAAAUUAUUAUGGAUGUAUUAAAUGAUAUAGAAUUGUAUAUGUUGAGAAUUGAGAAUGAACAAAUGACCUGAGGGAUUGAGGUUUAGAAGAAAUAUCCCCACUAAACGCCACACCACUCAUCCUUCACAGUGAUAAAUGUUUUUUGUAAAGUUUAGAUGUAACCCAUUUUCAAUCAGUGAAGUAAGGAUGUCAAGACUUGAUGUUAUAAAAUAAUAUCCUGUGGAGUCACUUUUUAAAAUAACUGUAGAGUUUUGAUAAAGAUGCAGUGUGAGCAUGAUGAGAAUGACGAUACUGUUAGCACCACCAUCAGGUGAAAACUUGUACAUUAGGGGGAAAAGAAUAAUUUUGGGAGCUCUUUCAUGAUUCAUAAUUGAGUGUAAUGGACAGCAGCUUCUAACACUGCAAGCAGAGCUUUAAAUGUUUACCUACAGUAUUUGUACGUGUUGUAGUUCCUAAAGCUUUCCCUUGACACUAGUAGGUUACAAGGGCUUGUUGGUAAUGUGCUGUCUGCCAAAUGUUUCAGAGAUGACUGGUAGUUGUGAUUUCAAAACUAUUGCUGUUGAGAUUCUUAAAAUGUCAGUCAUUUUAUUCUGUGUCAUGGGAUUCUGUCAAUUCACUGCUGCACAUCAUCUGUAAGCCCAGACAGUUUGGUCUUAAAUUUGAUUUGCAGCUUUUAAAAUGUUAAUUUCUUCAAAUUCCAAACUCAUGUUUUAAGCCAGAAAACAAGAACAGGUAGUAUAUGUGUUUAGUUCUAUACAUGACAGGCUGAAAUUGUUUUUAAUACCCAGCUUGAAUGAGGUAAUUAGCUUCGGAAAUGGAAAGCCUUUCUAUGAGGCUUUGGACUAGUGCUUAAUUUGUGUCCUCCAAAAUGUCAAACUGUCAUCAAAAUGUUUGUGAAACAAACCGACCUUUUUGCCAUUUGCUUAGAAUGUACAGUUGUUUUUUGUUAUUCCCAUUCCCACGGGAUCAAUAAGAAUGUCAAUACAAGUGUUCAUAUUGCAGAAAUAUAAUUUUAAUUAUUAUCCAAGAAAUCCUCAAUUGAAGAAAGUUUACAUCAUGCUAGUAUGUUGUGACACUGAAAAAGAGCACAUGUUGGGCUAUAAAUAAUAAAACCUGAUAAGAAUAAGAAGGUCUAAA